GAGGAGGAAAAGAGAGAGAGUCUCUCUCUCAACAACAACAACGGAGGAGGAGGAAAAGAGAGAGACUCUCUCUCAACAACAACAACGGAGGAGGAGGAAAAGAGAGAGAGUCUCUCUCAACAACAACAACGGAGGAGGAGGAAAAGAGAGAGACUCUCUCUCAACAACAACAACGGAGGAGGAGGAAAAGAGAGAGAGUCUCUCUCAACAACAACAACGGAGGAGGAGGAAAAGAGAGAGACUCUCUCUCAACAACAACAACGGAGGAGGAGGAAAAGAGAGAGAGUCUCUCUCAACAACAACAACGGAGGAGGAGGAAAAGAGAGAGACUCUCUCUCAACAACAACAACGGAGGAGGAGGAAAAGAGAGAGAGUCUCUCUCAACAACAACAACGGAGGAGGAGGAAAAGAGAGAGACUCUCUCUCAACAACAACAACGGAGGAGGAGGAAAAGAGAGAGAGUCUCUCUCAACAACAACAACGGAGGAGGAGGAAAAGAGAGAGACUCUCUCUCAACAACAACAACGGAGGAGGAGGAAAAGAGAGAGAGUCUCUCUCAACAACAACAACGGAGGAGGAGGAAAAGAGAGAGACUCUCUCUCAACAACAACAACGGAGGAGGAGGAAAAGAGAGAGAGUCUCUCUCAACAACAACAACGGAGGAGGAGGAAAAGAGAGAGACUCUCUCUCAACAACAACAACGGAGGAGGAGGAAAAGAGAGAGAGUCUCUCUCAACAACAACAACGGAGGAGGAGGAAAAGAGAGAGACUCUCUCUCAACAACAACAACGGAGGAGGAGGAAAAGAGAGAGAGUCUCUCUCAACAACAACAACGGAGGAGGAGGAAAAGAGAGAGACUCUCUCUCAACAACAACAACGGAGGAGGAGGAAAAGAGAGAGAGUCUCUCUCAACAACAACAACGGAGGAGGAGGAAAAGAGAGAGACUCUCUCUCAACAACAACAACGGAGGAGGAGGAAAAGAGAGAGAGUCUCUCUCAACAACAACAACGGAGGAGGAGGAAAAGAGAGAGACUCUCUCUCAACAACAACAACGGAGGAGGAGGAAAAGAGAGAGAGUCUCUCUCAACAACAACAACGGAGGAGGAGGAAAAGAGAGAGACUCUCUCUCAACAACAACAACGGAGGAGGAGGAAAAGAGAGAGAGUCUCUCUCAACAACAACAACGGAGGAGGAGGAAAAGAGAGAGACUCUCUCUCAACAACAACAACGGAGGAGGAGGAAAAGAGAGAGAGUCUCUCUCAACAACAACAACGGAGGAGGAGGAAAAGAGAGAGACUCUCUCUCAACAACAACAACGGAGGAGGAGGAAAAGAGAGAGAGUCUCUCUCAACAACAACAACGGAGGAGGAGGAAAAGAGAGAGACUCUCUCUCAACAACAACAACGGAGGAGGAGGAAAAGAGAGAGAGUCUCUCUCAACAACAACAACGAGGAGGAGGAAAAGAGAGAGACUCUCUCUCAACAACAACAACGGAGGAGGAGGAAAAGAGAGAGAGUCUCUCUCAACAACAACAACGGAGGAGGAGGAAAAGAGAGAGACUCUCUCUCAACAACAACAACGGAGGAGGAAAAGAGAGAGAGUCUCUCUCAACAACAACAACGGAGGAGGAGGAAAAGAGAGAGACUCUCUCUCAACAACAACAACGGAGGAGGAGGAAAAGAGAGAGAGUCUCUCUCAACAACAACAACGAGGAGGAGGAAAAGAGAGAGACUCUCUCUCAACAACAACAACGGAGGAGGAGGAAAAGAGAGAGAGUCUCUCUCAACAACAACAACGGAGGAGGAGGAAAAGAGAGAGACUCUCUCUCAACAACAACAACGGAGGAGGAGGAAAAGAGAGAGAGUCUCUCUCAACAACAACAACGAGGAGGAGGAAAAGAGAGAGACUCUCUCUCAACAACAACAACGAGGAGGAGGAAAAGAGAGAGAGUCUCUCUCAACAACAACAACGGAGGAGGAGGAAAAGAGAGAGACUCUCUCUCAACAACAACAACGAGGAGGAGGAAAAGAGAGAGAGUCUCUCUCAACAACAACAACGAGGAGGAGGAAAAGAGAGAGACUCUCUCUCAACAACAACAACGGAGGAGGAGGAAAAGAGAGAGAGUCUCUCUCAACAACAACAACGGAGGAGGAGGAAAAGAGAGAGACUCUCUCUCAACAACAACAACGGAGGAGGAGGAAAAGAGAGAGAGUCUCUCUCAACAACAACAACGGAGGAGGAGGAAAAGAGAGAGACUCUCUCUCAACAACAACAACGAGGAGGAGGAAAAGAGAGAGAGAGGAAAAGAGAGAGACUCUCUCUCAACAACAACAACGGAGGAGGAGGAAAAGAGAGAGAGUCUCUCUCAACAACAACAACGAGGAGGAGGAAAAGAGAGAGACUCUCUCUCAACAACAACAACGGAGGAGAGGAAAAGAGAGAGAGUCUCUCUCAACAACAACAACGGAGGAGGAGGAAAAGAGAGAGACUCUCUCUCAACAACAACAACGGAGGAGGAGGAAAAGAGAGAGAGUCUCUCUCAACAACAACAACGGAGGAGGAGGAAAAGAGAGAGACUCUCUCUCAACAACAACAACGAGGAGGAGGAAAAGAGAGAGAGUCUCUCUCAACAACAACAACGGAGGAGGAGGAAAAGAGAGAGACUCUCUCUCAACAACAACAACGGAGGAGGAGGAAAAGAGAGAGAGUCUCUCUCAACAACAACAACGGAGGAGGAGGAAAAGAGAGAGACUCUCUCUCAACAACAACAACGAGGAGGAGGAAAAGAGAGAGAGUCUCUCUCAACAACAACAACGGAGGAGGAGGAAAAGAGAGAGACUCUCUCUCAACAACAACAACGGAGGAGGAAAAGAGAGAGAGUCUCUCUCAACAACAACAACGGAGGAGGAGGAAAAGAGAGAGACUCUCUCUCAACAACAACAACGGAGGAGGAGGAAAAGAGAGAGAGUCUCUCUCAACAACAACAACGGAGGAGGAGGAAAAGAGAGAGACUCUCUCUCAACAACAACAACGGGAGGAGGAAAAGAGAGAGAGUCUCUCUCAACAACAACAACGGAGGAGGAGGAAAAGAGAGAGACUCUCUCUCAACAACAACAACGGAGGAGGAGGAAAAGAGAGAGAGUCUCUCUCAACAACAACAACGAGGAGGAGGAAAAGAGAGAGACUCUCUCUCAACAACAACAACGAGGAGGAGGAAAAGAGAGAGAGUCUCUCUCAACAACAACAACGGAGGAGGAGGAAAAGAGAGAGACUCUCUCUCAACAACAACAACGGAGGAGGAGGAAAAGAGAGAGAGUCUCUCUCAACAACAACAACGAGGAGGAGGAAAAGAGAGAGACUCUCUCUCAACAACAACAACGGAGGAGGAGGAAAAGAGAGAGA